AUGUCUUUCUACGAAUGCAAGGACAUAAUCGAAGAGGGGGACCUCGUGCUUGCCUUUGUCAGCCGAGGCCUCAUCAAGCCCUUCUACGUGACCAAGGGCGAGUACCUCAAUACCCGUUUUGGCAGCUUUGAGCACGACAGAAUGGUGGGCAUGAAAUAUGGAUCUCAGAUGGCAGGAGCCAACGAUAAAGGAUUCGUGCAUCUUCUCCAACCCAGUCCCGAGCUCUGGACGAUAUCCUUACCGCAUAGAACCCAGAUCGUGUACACGCCGGAUUCGUCGUAUAUUAUCCAGAGACUCGGCAUCACCAGUGGAUCUAGGGUGAUUGAAGCAGGCACUGGGUCGGCAAGUUUUACCCAUUCUUUUGCAAGAACUGUGGCUCAAGAUGGACGUCUUUUCACAUACGAGUUCCACGAACCCCGUUUUCUAGAAGCACAGAAGGAAUUGAACGAGCAUGGCCUACUCCAGGUGAACACUAUAGCUACUCAUCGCGAUGUGUGCAAUGGAGGAUUUGAAAUCUCCGACCUUCCAGAGAAGUUUUCUCUCAACGGAAGCAUCAACGCCGAUUCAGUGUUUCUUGAUUUGCCGUCUCCCUGGACGGCCAUUCCGCAUCUUCCCAAAGUUGUAUCACAGACCUCCAGAGUGGGUAUCUGCUGCUUCAGUCCGUGCAUAGAGCAAGUGGACAAGACGAUUGAAGCGCUUGAAGCAAACGGAUGGACUAGCAUUGAGAUGGUGGAGAUCCAGGGCCGUCGUUACGAGGCCAGAAAGGAGAUGGUGAAGGAUCUCCAGGACGUUGUAAAGAGACUCAAGGACAUCCAGGGCAGAAAAACCCUGGGCAUCGAAAGCAGGAGACUUGCACGGGUGGGAGACAAAAAGAAGGAAAAUCAAGGCAUCAAGAGAGAUAUCAGGGAGGUGGAAAGCGAAGAUACUGCCCUGCCUGAACCCAAGCCGAAGAGCUUCAACCCAUUCGGAAAGGGUAUCAGAAUCAAGGAAGGAGACGAGCAGUUCAAGUGGAAACAGGUGACCAAGAUCGAACCCGAAAUCAAAACCCAUACAUCCUACCUCACGCUUCUACUAACGUUAGUCCUUGACCAAGGUACCGGUUUCGUCAAGAUCGGCCGGGCCGGAACGAACUUCCCAGACCACACAUUCCCUUCGCUUGUGGGAAGGCCCAUUUUGAGAGCAGAAGAAAGAAAUGCCUUGGUGCCCGACAACAUCGAGAUAAAAGAUAUAAUGUGCGGCUCGGAGGCCAGUGAGGUCCGUUCGCUAUUGCAGAUCAGCUACCCCAUGGAGAAUGGUAUCAUCAAGAAUUGGGAGGAUAUGGAGCACUUGUGGGAUUACGCAUUCUACGAAAAGAUGAGGACGCCCACGGAAGGCAAGAAGAUUCUUUUGACGGAGCCUCCCAUGAACCCUUUGAAGAACAGAGAAACCAUGUGUGAUGUCAUGUUCGAAAAGUACCAGUUUGGCGGUGUCUACGUCGCUAUUCAAGCCGUGUUGGCCUUGUACGCCCAGGGUUUGAGUUCUGGUGUCGUGGUUGACUCCGGUGACGGUGUGACCCAUAUUGUCCCAGUCUACGAGUCUGUCGUGUUGAACCACUUGACCAGAAGAUUGGAUGUCGCCGGUAGAGAUGUGACCAGAAACCUCAUCAACUUGUUGUUGCGUAGAGGUUACGCUUUCAACAGAACAGCCGACUUUGAGACCGUGCGCCAGAUAAAAGAGAAAUUGUGUUACGUGUCUUGCGAUUUGGCUUUGGACACCAAGUUGGCCACCGAGACCACUACGUUGGUCGAGACCUACGAGUUGCCAGAUGGCCGUGUCAUCAAGGUGGGUUCCGAGAGAUUCGAGGCUCCAGAGUGUUUGUUCCAGCCCAGCUUGGUCGAUGUCGAGCAGCCGGGUGUUGGAGAAACAUUGUUCAACACCAUCCAGGCCGCUGAUGUCGAUAUCAGAUCGUCUCUUUUCAAGGCUAUCGUCUUGUCUGGUGGUUCUUCUAUGUACCCUGGUUUGCCAUCCAGAUUAGAGAGAGAAUUGAAGCAGUUGUGGUUGACGAGAGUGUUGAAGGGCGAUCCUUCCAGAUUUGACAAGUUCAAGAUCAGAGUGGAGGAUCCUCCAAGAAGAAGACACAUGGUGUUCAUUGGAGGUGCCGUUUUGGCCAACAUCAUGUCCGACAAGGACCACAUGUGGAUCUCGAAACAGGAAUGGGAGGAGCAGGGCCCAAGGGUGUUGGAGAAGUUGGGACCACGUUAA